AAAAUUGUAUAAGUUAUGUACUGCGGAGGUUAUACAUUUAAUUUGAAAAUAUGCUGUGGACUUGAUAACACAGGUGGAGGCAAUGCAUCAUCUAACGUUGUUAUGUCUUUGAUGAGUGAGCUUUUAGACCCUGGACGGAUACUUUACACUGACAAUUAUUAUACCAGUGUUUCAUUGGCUACCAAAUUGUUACAAAGAAACACGCAUCUCGUAGGAACAGUGAGGUCCAAUAGAAAAGGAAACCCAAAAGAAGUAUUGAAUAAAAAAUUGAAAAAACAUGAAGUAAUAGGUCAGGAGAGCGGUACCGGCAUUGUAAUGCUCAAAUGGAAAGAUACUCGUGAUGUGUUACUAUUGACCACAGUACACACUGAUGAAAUAAUCAAAGUUCAUCAGCGUGGAAGAGAAAUUAAAAAACCGCAAGCUAUAGUUGAUUACAAUAAAUCGAAAGCUUAUAUUGACUUGAACCUGAACAUCUACACCUCGUUAAUAUCAAUCGAUAACCGCCGCCAAAUAUCGAGUAAUUUAAUCAGCGCCAGGGAGUCGCUGGCUGCUGGCAGCGACCAUAGAUAA